UAAGUUUGGGCUUCACCUUCCACUCAACCCAACAAUCCUACCGUUACAACCCAAAUCCCAAAUCAAUCCCACUCCGCCAUUGCCAACAAUCUCGAGCUCCUGAGACCCCAAAUCAACACCUCUUCGCCGGAAAAUGUUUAAGCACAAGAAACCCACUUCACCACCAGCAAAUGCCUCCCACAGCUUCUUCUUCCCUCAGCUGGAGAACCACCAUCAAACAAUCUCAGCUCGCUUCCCAAAUCUCCUCCGUCCUCUUACAACGACGCAACUGGGUCCCGCUCCUCCGCAGCCUCAGCCUCUUCCCCAAGCUGACGCCGCCGCUCUUCCUCCAAAUCCUCCGUAAAACCCAGAACAACCCGCAAGUCUCCGUGGAGUUCUUCAACUGGGCCAAAGCGAAUUUACGGUUCGAACCGGACCUCAAAUCCAAAUGCCGGAUCGUCCAACUCUCUCUUGGGUCAGGUCUUAUACGAGCCGUGAAACCCAUCUUGGAUUCUCUGAUCCAGACCCAUCACGUAACGGAGCUUCUGCAGAGCUUCACUCAGGCAUGUGAAGGUACAGAUUCUCAAUCCGAAACGUUGAGUUUUGUUCUUGGAUGCUAUUCGAGAAAGGGUUUGUUUAGAGAAGGAUUAGAAGUGUUUAGGAAGAUGAAUUCUCUCGGUUUUGUUCCUUCUGUUGUUUCGUGCAACGCUCUGCUUAAUGCAAUUCAGAGAGAAAACGAGAUUAGAUUGGCUUGGUGUUUCUAUGGCGUUAUGUUCCGGAAAGGGGUUUUAGGAGACAGGUUUACGUGGUCUCUCGUUGCUCAGAUUCUUUGUAAAGAUGGAAAAUUUGAGAGAAUUGUUAGGAUUUUAGAUUCGGGCGUUUAUAAUUCUGUAAUGUAUGAUCUUCUUGUAGAUGGUUAUAGCAAAAGUGGCGAUUUUGAUGCUGCAUUUUACCGCUUGAAUGAGAUGUGUGAUCGAAAAAUGGACCCAGGGUUUAGUAUUUAUAGCUCUGUUCUUGAUGGAGCAUGUAAACUUGGGGCUGUGGAAGUGGUUGAAAGGGUGAUGAAUACUAUGAUAGAGAAGAAAUUGCUUCCAAAAAGUUGUUUCUCUGAGUAUGAUUCGAUAGUUGAGAAGCUUUGUGAGUUGGGUAAAACGAGUGCAGCUGAGAUGUUCUUUAGGAAGGCAUGUGAUGAGAAAAUUGGAUUGCAGGAUGCUACGUAUGACCUUGUGCUGAAAGCAUUGACUAAUGAAGUGAGAACAAAAGACGCAAUUCAUGUGUACUGUCUGAUUUCUGAAAGGGGUAUUGUAGUGGAUGACAGUAGUUAUAGUGCAUUUGCAGACCUCCUUUGCAAGGAACUGCGGUCUGAUGAAGGGUUCGAGUUGUUAAUGGAUGUUAUAAGAAGAGGGUUUUGCCCGUGUGCAUCGGAAUUGUCUGGAUUUAUAUCGUUUCUAUGUCGUAGGGGUAGAUGGAGAGGGGCUGAAGAUCUGUUGAAUGUAGUUAUAGACAAGGGGCUUCAACCGGACUUGGAUUUGAUUUGUUGUUCGUCAUUGGUGCGGCGUUACUGCUCUAGAAGACAGAUUGAUUCGGCUCUUGCAUUGCAUAACAAAAUGGAAAAAUUGGAUGGCAGUUUGGAUGCAGCAACCUACAAUGUACUUCUCAGUGGACUAUUUGCAGCAAGGAGGAUUGAAGAAGCAAUUAGAGUGUUCGAUUACAUGAGACAGCGCGGUUUGAUGAGCAGUGCAAGCUUUACGAUCAUGAUUCGCGGGCUUUGUGGUGUGAAGGAAUUGAGAAAGGCUAUGAAACUUCAUGAUGAAAUGUUGAAGAUGGGGCUUAAACCUGAUGCAGCAACUUAUAAACGGUUGAUUUCUGGAUUCCAAGUAACCUUAUCGAACUUACAAACUAUAAGUGAGGAUAAUGAAGCAAAAUGAGUUUUGUAAUCCUUAUUUCUUUUCUGUCAAAUGCAAUUCUUGAUUUUUGGAUA